AUGAGCGGCGGAGGCGUCGACAUCAUGGAUCGAUUCUGGAGCGCCCCUCCGGUGGCUCGGACGAUUGUAGCGGCAAUGUUCGUCGAGUCUGCCCUUGUUCAUAGCGGCCUUGUCAGUGGCCUGCGAGUCAUCUUCUAUUCGCCUUGGAUCUUCAAGUUUCCUCCCGAGUUGUGGCGGCUGCUUUCGUCGUUCCUCCUGACCGGCGGCGGCUUUUCGUUCGUGUUUGAUCUGUAUUUCAUGUUCACCUACGCAUCAGGCCUGGAGCUGAACUCGCCACGAUUUGGGCAGCCUGGUGAUUUCUUCACCUAUGUUGUGUUCGUGGCCUCGGUCAUCUUGGUCAUUGGUGGCAUAAUUCUUAGCUCCAAUAUUUUCACCCAGGCUCUUCUCCUCGCCUUUAUCUACACUUUUGCGCAAGAUAACCGAGGCAAGAAGGCACAUUUCAUCAUCCUGCAAAUCCCCGUUGAGCUUCUCCCUUGGGCGAUGCUCACCUUGACGCUGAUCAUGGGCGGACCCACAGCCGCUCUGCAGCAGGGAGUCGGUGUCCUUGCUGCACACUUGUACGACUUCCUCACGAGACUGUACCCGACCUUCCAAGGUGGUCGGAAUUACAUUCAAACUCCAGGGGCGAUCAAACGCUAUUUUGGGGCUGAUCGAAGUGCUUUCAGUCAUAAAGCGUACGGUACCAGCUUCAGACGGGGCCAAAACAUUCCUCAGCAGCAAAGCAGAGGUUGGACCAGUGGAUUUUCCAAUGGCUGGAGUGGUAGAGGCGCCGGGCGCAGACUGGGUGGUGAUUGA